AUACAUUCGCUCCAAUUCGAUACCCUAAUUUUAACAACGGUGCACCGGUUUUUGCCGGAUCAUUUAAAAAUAGAGUUUUGACAAGUUAACUUACUUUUUAAUUGUUUUUUUUUGUUGUGUUUGAAGCAAGCUAGUUAAAACAAUGGGUUUUGAGUUACCAAGGUUUGCUAAAUGCUGCUUUUGCAUUCCGUUGAAGAUAGGAGUGUUACUUAUUGGAUAUUUUUCCAUGAUAGCAUCUUGUUUCACUCUGGCUACUGUAUCGUAUUCGAUCUACAGAGUGCACUCAUACGUUGAAGAGACGACUGUAAGGCCGACCCCACAGCAAAAUCCGAACCAGGUCUCCCAGAAUGCCCUCAGUUUAUACAUCUCGUUUGGCUACUACCUACUGGUGUUCUUAUACAAUUUCGUCAUCAAUCUCAUUUUGGUUAUUGGCGUGCAUAAGAAUAAUACAAAAUACAUGCGUUUCUACUUCACGGCGACACAGAUCUUGUUUGCUCUGAGUAUAGCGUUGGUAGUGGUUACUGCUGUGUUCAUGGGCUUUUUAGCGACGGUUCCAGUUCUCAAGUGGAGUUUCACCUUACUUGCGUGCUUGGUCAUCGUCAGAAGUUAUUAUUUAUCAAUAGAAGAGGAGAGGAAAAAGCCAGCAGUAUAUGAGCUGCAGCCUUAUACUCCCGUGCCUCAAGGACCAACAAUGGCUUAGAGACGCAUAACAUCUUCUUUACUUUGAACUCUUUCAUUUAUUAAAGGUUCUCCUUAUUAAAUAAAUGAGUUUGGACAGAGAUUUGAAAAAGUUAAAAGAGUUCAAUAUUUUCUUACAGAAAAAUUGGACAUAUCUAUUGGACUAACCUUAGUGUUAUUAUAAGUCAAUUUGUUAAUAGUUAAUAGCAACGACCAAAAUAAAAAUAUGUUUCAAAAGA